CUGGGAUCUUUGCUUCGUGCUGCGUGUUCACCUCCAAUACACAAAACGUUUUUUGUUGUAGUAGCACCAUGGCCGACGGUAACAACAACAACAACAAUGCCCAGGCGCAACAGCCACUUCCACCCUUGUUACAGAUCCAAGAUAUUGAUGAUUGGCUCCGAUUCAAUGGGCUGCGAGCAGCCGACGAUGUAGGUCCGGCCGAAUGUGGCUCCUUCCUUUCGGAUUUGAAUCGUUCUGAAGCACACGCCAAGCACGAAGCCCAAGACGAGUAUCAGCAACAAGUCCACGCCGAUAUUUUCAAAGAAGCCUUGAAAGCCGAAGAACAGCAACAAUCCAUGAAGCGCAAAUUGUUGGAAGCGUGGAAGGGGGAAAUAUUGGAGAUUGAUGUUGGAGCAACCACCAAACCCUUUCGAGUCUCCUUGGCAGCCCUCGCGCAAGUCUGCGACACGGUCUUUACCAUGGCAUCGUCACGACGGUACAUGGGGAAUGCUAAUAAUGAGGAAAGUCCCGUGUUGCUUUCGCUGACGGAUUAUUCGGCAGACAGCGUGAAACAUUUUUUGGAUUUGGCGUUUGACAAUCUCUCCAUGGAGCAAAUGCAAGACCAGUUUGUGGUGGACUGCUGUCAUAUCGCUCAUUAUUUGCAAUGCCACAAAGUCCUGGAGGCGACCAACGAAGUCCUCCUGCGGCACGUGGAUAGUGACAAUUGCUUGUCGCUGUGCCAAAUGGCUGAUUCGUUGGGAUUGACCGAUCUGUUCGAGAAAUCCCUCUUUCACAUGCUCAAAGCACUCGAUGACUUGGAAUCCCAAGAAGCCUACGGAGAUUUCUCGC